AUCCUGUCUUUACCACUAGAAUGGGAUCAGUGUCCCCUUCCCCUCCGUCUCAGUACCUGCAUCACCAUCGUCAUCCUGUCUUUACCACUAGAAUGGGAUCAGUGUCCCUUCCCCUCAGUCUCAGUACCUGCAUCACCAUCGUCAUCCUGUCUUUACCACUAGAAUGGGAUCAGUGUCCCCUUCCCCUCCGUCUCAGUACCUGCAUCACCAUCGUCAUCCUGUCUUUACCACUAGAAUGGGAUCAGUGUCCCCUUCCCCUCCGUCUCAGUACCUGCAUCACCAUCGUCAUCCUGUCUUUACCACUAGAAUGGGAUCAGUGUCCCUUCCCCUCAGUCUCAGUACCUGCAUCACCAUCGUCAUCCUGUCUUUACCACUAGAAUGGGAUCAGUGUCCCCUUCCCCUCCGUCUCAGUACCUGCAUCACCAUCGUCAUCCUGUCUUUACCACUAGAAUGGGAUCAGUGUCCCCUUCCCCUCCGUCUCAGUACCUGCAUCACCAUCGUCAUCCUGUCUUUACCACUAGAAUGGGAUCAGUGUCCCUUCCCCUCAGUCUCAGUACCUGCAUCACCAUCGUCAUCCUGUCUUUACCACUAGAAUGGGAUCAGUGUCCCCUUCCCCUCAGUCUCAGUACCUGCAUCACCAUCGUCAUCCUGUCUUUACCACUAGAAUGGGAUCAGUGUCCCCUUCCCCUCCGUCUCAGUACCUGCAUCACCAUCGUCAUCCUGUCUUUACCACUAGAAUGGGAUCAGUGUCCCUUCCCCUCAGUCUCAGUACCUGCAUCACCAUCGUCAUCCUGUCUUUACCACUAGAAUGGGAUCAGUGUCCCCUUCCCCUUAAUGUAGUUUAUUUAUUUCUGGGUCAGUUGUGAGCAGUGUCGGUCUGUUUUGUUUACCCUUGAUUAAUAAACCCUUUCUCCUUGUUCGUCUUCUCCCUCAGUUGUGACAGGAGCCACGGAUGGAAUCGGGAAAGCCUAUGCGGAGGAGCUGGCUCGGAGGGGAUUUUCCAUUGUGCUAAUCAGCCGCACCCAGGAGAAACUGGAUGAUGUGGCCAAGUCCAUCGAGAGCAAAUAUGGAGUUGAGACCAAAUCCAUCGCUGUAGAUUUCAGUGCGACGGACAUAUAUCCCAAGAUUGAAGCUGGACUGACCGGGCUAGAGAUUGGCGUUCUGGUAAAUAAUGUGGGAAUGUCCUACUCCUAUCCGGAAUUCUUCCUCAACGUUCCCAACCUGGAUAGUUUCAUCGACACAAUGGUGAACAUCAACAUCACGUCUGUUUGCCAGAUGACCCGUAUGGUGCUACCUGGGAUGGUAGAGAGGAAAAAGGGGGCAAUCCUCAACAUCUCUUCUGCCAGUGGGAUGUACCCUUGUCCCCUCCUCACGGUCUACUCUGCCUCGAAGGCUUUUGUGGACUUCUUCUCCCGAGGGCUAGAGGCUGAGUACAAGAGCAAAGGGAUCCUCAUCCAGAGUGUCCUGCCAUUCUUUGUGGCCACCAAGCUGAGUAAGAUCCGGCGAGCCACACUGGACAAGCCCAACCCUGACCGCUAUGUGGCCGCGGAGCUCAACACGGUGGGGCUGCAGAGCCAGACCAACGGCUACCUGCCUCACGCAGUCAUGGGCUGGCUGACCACUGUGCUGUGCCCUGCCAGGCUCCUGAACAGCUACAUCAUGGGGCUACACCUGGGGAUGCGCUCACGCUACCUGAAGAAACAGAAACAGGGCUAGAGGUACGAUCAGGGGAAAGGAGGGGCAGGUGUGGAGAGAAAGGGGACCAACACGAAUCCACCUGCUCCGUUCUUCCAUACCCCUCACAGACCAGGCACAGGGCUGGCAGACUGCUAGUGUGUUGAAUUUAGUCUACAGUAUUCUCUGGCUUGGCUAAUCAGCUCGGAGGAACAUCCUGGAGUUGAAGCAUUGACCAGGCACUUAAACAUAAUGCACUAAGUUCAAUUAAACUGUUGAAUUUUUUCUUCUUGUGGACAGGUAUUAGGAGCUGUGCUUGUGGAGCGACCACUUCAAAAAACAAUACUAGUUGGACAGGUAUUAGGAGCUGUGCUUGUGGAGCGACCACUUCAAAAAACAAUACUAGUUGGACAGGUAUUAGGAGCUGUGCUUGUGGAGCGACCACUUCAAAAAACAAUAUAAUACUAUAAUACUAGUUGCAACUUUAUUCCUUCCAAAUGUUUUGUUGUUGGAGUCGUGUUGAACUCAGAAAAAAAACAAAUAUUGAAAGAAAUGGAUUUGAGUCAAUCUGAAACGGCAAAGGGCAGGAAAAUGGCUGUUCUCCCUGGAUUGUAUUUACAAUGAAAAAGGUUGUUGUGUACAAAUCAUGUAUUAAUGAACCUACAAAAGGGAGACUAAAGAGACCUAGUUAACAGAACGGUUCCUGUUUGCAUACUGGUUGGAUUGAUGUCCCGUUUUGAAGAAGGUUGUGUCUGCUAGCAUGUCAGUAUGGUAGGUAGUUAACACACUAGGGAAUGGGUUGAGUUAACCCGGUCUUGUUUGGACUGACUGGUUGGUCUUCAAUACAGAAGGGACACUACAAGCCAUUCUCUGGUCAUCAAGGCAGUGUCUCAACAACAACAACAAAAAGUAGAUACAAGCUGUUAAACAGUUCAGGCCAUUUUACUGUUGAACCAAAUGCCUUGUCCAACUGUUUUGUUCUGGUUAAUUUCUAUCAAGCAGUCAGUGGUCCGUUAACAGAUGUUUCUUAACAUGCUUCACACGCUGUCUGUUUUUUCAACUCUAAGCAUUUUGUUGUACAUCUUAAUGCCACUGUUAUCUUACUCUAUGAGCUCACCAAGGUGACACAUUAAUAUUGUCUUCUGUUAUUUGGUUAAUGAAAGCUUGGCCUUUGAUUUGCUUUUACAUGCAUUUAAGGUCUUUAACAUUGUGGGAAUUUGUAAGGUUUGGUCGAGAGCUUGUGUAUAUUCCCAGUCUGUCAUGCUGGCCUCAAUAAAACACUGUUCAACCAUCUCUCUGGCAUGUUCCCAGUCUGUCAUGCUGGCCUCAAUAAAACACUGUUCAACCA